AUGUCAGCUAAUGAAUGCAAUGCAGAUCGUAUUUAUUGCGGGAGUUGCACACAAGUUGUGGUUUGCAAUUAUAAUAAAGAUAUAAUUGGAUCGUUCGAUUGUGGUGCCAUUAAUCCCAAAAGUCCUUACUGCACUAACAAGGGUGAAUGCAGCAAUAGUGCACAGCCUGAGUGCAUACAAAAAAGUGAUCUGUGUCCUACAACUAACAAGUUUUAUCCAGUGCCUCAAAACUGUAGUGAAUCAGUGUUUUGCGAUUCUGAAAAGUUUUCCACUGUUGUAAGCAGUCCCUCGUCGGCUCACAUAUUUAAUUCCAAGAGUCAGUCGUGGUCUUUGCGCCAGUCGGUUGACGAUUGUUUCCAGAUUGAUUGCAUGAGCGCAGAACAUCAAAAUAAGUGGUACGCUUAUAAACCUAAUCCCCGAUUGAGCAUUUUCUGCGGAAUAUAUGGAGCUGUUACCUUCGAAUGUGAUGGAAUCUACGAUGUUUUUAAUGAAUCCAAACGACUGUGUGAAUUUUCGUGUGCUACAGAAGGAAACUUCCCUGUAAAGGGCAGUAGUAACCGUUACUAUUCAUGCCUGCCAACAACUUCUGGAGGGUUACAAAAGUUCGAAUACUCUUGUUUGGGUACAACAGUGUUCAACGCGAAAACGAUGCUAUGUGAGAACAACGUUGGAGCAUGA